GGAUGACUGAAGCUAUCACCUUGCUAAUCCUUGCUGUCCAAACUGGCCUCAUUGAGCUGCAGGAGUUUGUGGAAGCACUUCCGUGCAGUUUCUCUCUGUCUCUUCCUGCUGAUCUUUCCAGCGUACAUGGCUUAUAUGAUCUGCCAGUUCUUCCACAUGGACUUCUGGCUUCUCAUCAUCAUCUCCUCCUCAAUCCUCACCUCUCUCCAGGUUGCGGUGUGCGUGAUGUGCUAUGGUGUAUCAGAGACUGUAUUUGGCGAGUGGAGUGUGAUGGGAAGCACCAUCAUCUUGGUCCACUCGUACUAUAACGUCUGGCUCAGAGCCCAGCUGGGCUGGCAGAGCUUCCUGCUCAGGAGAGAUGCUGUACACAAGAUAAAAAGCCUCCCUACAGCUAGCAAUACACAGCUGGAGCAGUAUAAUGACAUCUGUGCUAUCUGCUUCCAGGACAUGACCAGUGCUGUGUUCACUCCGUGCAGUCAUUUCUUCCACGCUGGCUGUCUGAUGCCCUCUCUGUCGUUCACAACCAAGAGCCAAUCACCAACUAACCGUGGAGCUACCCGAGGUACACCUGCAGCCAAUCAGAACCCUGCAGGACAGGAAGAAGGCACUCUACUGGAUGACAGGAAAGAGGGAGCGUCAGUAAAGCAGGAGGGAGAUAAUGAAACUGCCACAUCAGCAGGGGAAACCUCCUCUUCCACCUCCCCCACUGGCAUGUCUGCUACCCUGCCAUCGUCAAACCUCCAUUAUCAUCUUCCUCUUGUUCUUCUUCUCCUCUUGCAACUGAUUCUGUGCUGCACCAGUCCCCUGCAGAUCACCCUUCUGCAUCUUCUUUCUCUACCUCUUACACAUCAGACACACCCGACGCUCCUGCAUCUCUCUGCCAUUCUGUCUCCACCUUUCACCAACCAACUUCACAGGUACUGA